AUGUCUAAUAAUGAUACUCAUCAGCUAUCAAUCCUCGAAGAUCAAGUUGAGGACGAAGACAUUAUGGUUAAAUUCACUGAGAUCCAGCUAGAGCGAAUCGAUAAUCUGGAGGGCAAGGUUGAUGAUCUCCAAGAGAGAAUUGUUCGGCAUGCUAUUCAGAACAACAUCGAUUUAAACGAAAAACUCGACGCCCAACGCCAAAAACUCGAGGCUAAUUUUCAACAACAACUCGACACCCAACGCCAACAACUCGAGGCUAAUUUUCAACAACAACUCGGCGCCCAGCGCCAAAGAGCUAAGGCCCGACGUCAAAAACUCAUGGCCAAAUACCAACGAAAAAUCAACGCCCAGCGCCGAGCAGCCUAG